AUGGGUAGAAGGCGAAGUGGUCGAAAAAGUGUGAGGUCUGCCGAAUGCCUUCCCAAAGAUCAGAAUGCAAACUUCUCCGUAGCCACAAACAUCUGCGAUGAAAAGAUACUUCCCGAUAACAAUCAUUCAAGCGCUACGUCUGAUUCUUCUUGCACUCUCAUAGACUCAGCAGAAGAUAAUUAUUUGAGCAAAUGUGCCCAUUUGGAUCUCAUUGGGAAAGUGUCCCGCGAAAAAAUCCACUCAGCUGUGCAGCUGCAAUGUUGCAAGUGUGCAUGUAAUGACGCGGAAGUGGCCGCACGGUGGUUAUGUCUUCAUGAUGAAUGCUUUUCUAACAUCAAACUGACUACUUUGUGCGGUUCCAAACCAGGAGAGCAUUGCCAUGCGACGGCUCAUUAUGAGGCUAAUCCUGCUCACUGCAUUUUAUGGAACCUGCGGAACAGUCGGUUGUACUGCAUGCAUUGCGCAGCCGAAGUUUAUAAGGACGCAAACUAUCCUCCACUUGAUGUUGAGGUUCGACGAGCACUGAUGCCUUUGAAGAGAAAUCACUGCCAGUUGUCGAAUACCCCUCAUCAGAUAGUUGACGAAAAAGAGAUUUCUCGUCGUAGAUCGGAGGCUGCGGAAACUCGUGGUCGAUGUAUCGAAAGUUUUGCAGUUGUAAAUCGGCCACUCGCGAAGGAUAUGGACGAUGGAUUCGACUUCGACUUCCCAAAAGGCUUGACUGGUUUGUUCAAUUUGGGCAAUACAUGCUAUUUCAAUGCUGCUAUCCAGGUCUUGUCGAACUGUCCACCAUUUUCGGAUUAUUUUCGCGAUAAGGGCGACCUUCGUCCGUACGCCACUAGAGAACCCCUGGUAUCAAACACGAUGGCGUUGCUCAUCCAGAAGCUGUGGAGCUCAAAACGUGAACCUGCUGUUUUUCCGAAGGCUUUACUCAUUCGCGUAAGAGAUAAUUUCCCCCAGUUUCGUGGGUGGAAUCAGCAGGACGCGCAGGAGUUAAUAAGAUGCCUUCUCGAAUUAAUUCACAGUGAACUAGGGCAGCCCGUUUAUCCCUACGAGAACUAUGCCACAUUGGUGCUAAAGAAUCUGAAGAGACACAGCUCGACGAGCUCGAACGGCAGUGACCAGUUUGAGACGGCAGAUAGUGGGUGGAGUUCGGACGGUGAUACAACAUGUACCUCGACGGACUCUAGUCGUAGCUGUGCGGAGAAGACUGAAAAACUAAAUCCAUGUGUUGUGCCAGUGCGGUGGCGAUCCAUUGUCACCGAUGUUUUCGACGGAUCGAUUGAAAGUAGCGUCACUUGCCUGACAUGUAGAACUGUUUCGACCACAACUGAAACUUUCCAGGACUUGUCCUUACCAAUUCCCUCUGCUGAGCACUUGUGUCGGAUUCAUUCUUCAUGUGACAUCGGAGAGGAAGAUACCGGAGGCAACGAAUCGGCUGGAGGAUAUGGGUGGAUACCUUGGCUUUCAUGGUUGCGGUCUUUAAGCAGCGUGUUUGUGACACCAUCUGUAUCACUGGAGGAUUGCAUUUCAGCCUUUUUUUCACCGGAUCGCCUUGUUGGUGAUGACAUGUAUUCGUGUGAUCGGUGUAAGAAGUUGCGAAAUGGUGUGAAAACUUGCCGCAUCAGCCGACUUCCUGAAGUUUUGUGCAUCCAUAUCAAGAGAUUUAGGCACGACUCAUACUGCAGUUCGAAAGUAUCCACUAGAGUUUCGUUUCCUCUCGUUGAACUAGACUUGUCACCGUUCUCAUCGACGUCUGAGAAUGUCCCACUUUAUGACCUUACGGGUUUCAUCACCCAUGAGGGAAGUGGAGCGGACAGUGGGCAUUAUUUAGCUUACUGUCGUAAUGAAGUGGAUGGAAACUGGUACGAGUAUGACGAUAGUACGUUGACGAAGCUAGACUCAGCUCAUGUGCUUACUAAAGAGGCAUAUGUGCUUUUGUACCAGAAAAGGCCGUCACUAUCCGUUGAAGUUGCUCGAAGCAAAACGAUGGAAAUGAUAUCCUCAGAGGAAAUUGUGAAGUCGCAGUCCAAGUCUCAGCUUUAUAUAUCCUCUGAGUGGUUGCUGAAACUAAGCACUUUCUCUGAUCCUGGACCAGUGACGAACUACUCGUUUCUGUGUCGUCAUGGUCACCUUCUACCUCGACGAGCGGAUCACAUUUCCAGCCUAUGCACUCCAGUUCCAGCGGUGCUUGGACACUAUUUGCUCAACAAGUUUGGAGGAGGUCCCGCUGUUAGUGAACUACACUACUGUUUGGUUUGCGAUAAACACUUUCGCUGGAUUCAAGAAAAGAGAGCUGUGGAACAGGCAAGAUUCCGACAGCUAGAAGAUGCUAUUCGUGCAACACUUUUCGCUGGUGCUGUUGAUGCACUAUAUUCUGGACAUUUGCCACCAUCACUCAUCAGCAGGACAUGGUUUCAAUCAUGGGAAAAAUUCAUCACUCAGCCGUGCAGUGAGCCGCCGGGUCCAAUCGACAACAGUGUUUUACUCUACAAGGCUUCCGAUGGAACAGAACGUUUGAAGCCACGUUCAAACUUCAUGCGCAUUGAGAGAGAACUUUAUCUGUUUCUGCGGACGAUCUAUGGAGGUGGACCGGAGGUCUUUCUAACUGACCAACCUCAAUGGACGGAAACAGAGCUUCGUAACGUGCUGAGCUCGGUCGAGGAGAAGUUGUGGGCAGCAAAUGCCAAAUUAAAGAAACAAGUUACGGGCAGUAUGUUAUAG